CCCAGCCGCAGCCGGCAGGUCAGUAACCAGCAGCAGCGGCGCGUGGCGUGCGCAGACCAGUCCGCCAGCAGCCGCCUCCUCGGACGCAUCGGAUCGCAGGGAAUACAAUGAUUAAGCUGUUGCUUAUGUCCUACCUUAUAUCGAUGGUAACUUCAAGGACUCUGAAUCCUUUACCCAGCUCAACAAUGCCACCUGUUCCUAAUGAAGGUCGCAUGAGCAUAGAGAGCUUAAAUGCCCUGCAAGAGACAGACCAUGAUCCUGAAGUGAAACCAGGACUUUUUCAAGGAGACAUGGCAAUGACCAAUGAGAUGUAUGAAUACUGGCGUGUUGGCCUACGGUGGGAUGUAUUUCCUGAGAAGCUGUGGACAAAUGGAACUGUUCCGUAUUACAUCAGCCCACUUUACGAACCAGAUGAUUACAUCACAAUUUACAAAGCCAUAAAUAUUUUGAAUUUCAUGACCUGUGUCAAAUUUGUGCCUUGGAAUGGCAAACAAAAAGAUUAUCUGCUUAUAUGGCCAAUUAAAUACCCAAAAGGGUGCUGGUCAUUUGUAGGGAAACAUGGUGGAGCACAAAUAAUUUCCCUUCAGCCUCCAGACAGUAAGGGACCAAACUGUCUUGGCCAAGAAGGUCGCUCUAUCCAUGAGUUAUUACAUGCUCUUGGAUUGUUCCAUGAACAAUCUCGAGCAGAUCGUGAUCAGUUUGUUGAGAUUGUAAAGGAAAAUAUUAUACCUGAAUUUUUAAACAAUUUCAAUAAGCAGAGCCUGGAGAACACAACAUACAGUUUUGAAUAUGACUAUGACAGCAUCAUGCACUAUGGAGCAUACUUCUUCAGUAAAGAAAAGGGAAAACCAACCAUUGUUGCAAAGAAUAGUGGUGUGAAGUUGGGUCAACGCAGAGCAAUGAGCAAGACUGACUGUCUGAAGAUCAAUGAUUUAUAUGGAUGUCUCACAAAAUCAGCAUAUCAUCAAAGGAAGUACUACACACUUUGUAAUUUCAUGGGAAUAUGAAAAAAAUUGUGUUGUGUUUUUACAACAUAGCAUGUUCAGGGUUGUUUCAUACUGAAAUGCACUUCACAGUUCCAGAUUUGUUUCGACUCAUUGUGUGCGUGUGUGUGUGUGUGUGUGUGUGUGUGUGUGUGUGUGUGUGUGUGUGUGUGUGUGAGUGAGUGAGUGAGUGAGUGAGUGUGCGCGCGCAUGCCUACUGUAGCUGUCUUUUUGAAAAGUAAGAUGUGCCAAAUAAUUUAAUUAAAAUACCAGUAAGUGCCAACUGUAUUGUAUCACGAUACAUGCAAUGAAAUAAAAUAUAAUGUUAUGCAAAUAAUAUGUGACAUAUUAAAGCACUCAGAAAAGAAAA